UUAAAGUCUGAAUGGGCGGGUUUCCUGUCGGACAGUGACAGUGGGCUUUUAACAGCACCCAAUAAUAAAGUAAAUACAUGUCGAUUUAAAUUGCUAUGUAUGUGCUAUACUAAUACUAUUUUCAAUAGAUUUUGUUGAACUGAGUAGGUAGCCCACAGUUUAUUGGAGCAGUUUUCUCGGGUUUAGGCAUCGUUUACAUGACUAGCAAAGGUCUUUGCUGCGUUUGGCACAGAAUCCUUUGAGGGUUGUCAUGUCAGUCUCUGAGGAGCAGCCUGAGAAACACUGCUGGGUGUGUUUUGCCACAGAGAGAGACGACCACAAUGCUGAGUGGGUGAGUCCCUGCAGAUGUAAAGGCUGUACGAAAUGGAUCCACCAGUCAUGUCUGCAGCGCUGGCUUGAUGAGAAGCAGAAAGGAAACAGUGAGGAGACCGUCAACUGUCCACAAUGUGGCACUGAGUACAAUGUCAUCUUCCCCAGCAUGGGUCCGUUGGUUUACUUUUUACAGCAGGUGGACAGAGCGCUUUCUCGAGCAAGUCCCUUUGCUUCAGUUGGUGUUGUGGUGGGAACUGUUUACUGGUCAGCAGUUACAUACGGAGCAGUGACAGUCAUGCAGGUGGUGGGUCAUAAGAAAGGUCUGAAUGUCAUGGAGCGAGCUGACCCACUCUUUCUGCUGAUGGGACUACCCACAAUCCCCGUGGCACUGGUUCUGGGGAAGAUGGUUCGCUGGGAAGAUUAUAUUAUGAGACUCUGGCACAGAUAUUCCUACAAACGCAGUUUUCAUGCUGGAGGCAGUCAUUAUCUGCCACGGUUCCCAGGUGAAGGACCAGGUCAAGGAGACCAUCUCUCUGUGUCUAGGACACUCUGCGGCGCCCUUAUCUUUCCCACUGUGGCCAGUCUGAUGGGACGACUACUGUUCCAGCGUGUACAGUCUGACCUGCAGCGAACUGUUCUGGGUGGCAUUGCCUUCAUACUGAUCAAGGGUGUGCUCAAGGUUUACUACAAACAGCAGAAAUAUAUUGUACAGGCAAAGAGAAAAAUCCUCAACUACCCUGACAGAAACGGAGAACCACACAACAAUACUGGGGAUGAAGACACAGAGGACAGUGGAAAUGAGUAAAUUUAAAGAUAUAGAUAGAUAUAUUUUUUUACUGUACAGCUGGCAGCAAAACUCAGGAGGGGCCUUUGGGGCAAGAAGAUAGUUAGUUUGAUGCCUUACAUUAAAAAUGACAACAAUCAGAACAAAAUUAUUCUUAGUUCUUCACAUUUGAUCAUUCUUGUUGUAAAAAGUUAAAAUGAUUUAUUUUCACACUUUAAAUAUUCCGCCUUGAAAAAACCUAAAAGUACUUGGGUAGGAGCCCUGCUUCAUAGACUUAUACAUCUUGUACAGCAUAUUUCAAAUAUCCAGCCAAAAUAGAACUGUAAAAGUUUAAGUUUAAAAGAAUACUUCAAAUGGGGACUCAGGGCAAAGCCAGUCAUUUCCUGAUAUAACUUCACCAAAAUUGCUGCUGGAUGUUUAUAUUUUUGUUGCACUUUGUGAUGCUGCAUGUCACAAAGCUGAUGCAAGAUAAAAAUGAAAAUGUUUUCUUAUUUUUUUUGAGAACUGUGUGUUUAAAGCUGAAUGUUGAAAAGGUGACACCUGCAGUGGUCAUUAUCACAAAGACAGGAGAAAGUUGUAUUCUCUCUUUGCCAAAUGAAAAUGCUCUUUAAAAGGUGACUUGAUGGUUACCAUUAUAUCGGUCUGUGGGUUCUUGAAUUUUAUCUGAAGCUCUUUCUUUAUGUCCUAUAGAAUAAUUUGUUUAAUAAAAAUUUCUGACAACAAAA